AUGGCUUCCUCCGAUGUGAAUCCGCUCAUUUCGAACCAGAAGUCCUCGGAGCUUCAGGCCAUUCUCCACCCUCUCGUCCUCCUCACCAUCUCCGACUACAUAACUCGCCACACUCUGCGCUCGCAGCCGGGACCCAUUGUCGGUGCCCUCCUGGGCCAGCAGAAUGGUCGCGAAAUUACCGUUGAACAUGCGUUUGAUUGUCAUACAAGACCGGUACCAGAGGUGGAAGGGGGAUACCUACUGGAUUCAGAGCGCUUCGGUGCAAGAUUAGAGCAGAUGAAGACAGUCCACAAGGACCGAAGCUUAGACUUGGUUGGCUGGUACACUCUCCUCGCCGUCACUGGCCCGACACCCACCAUCCUCCCGAUUCACAAUCAGCUCCUCUCCGAAUUCAACGAGUCGGCCCUCCUCCUUGGAUUCCAUCCCGAGGAAGUCUUUACUCACUCCGUGGGCGGCAAGCUACCCAUGACCAUCUACGAGUCCAACUAUGAGGUUGACGACCCGAGAGCUGCCGAGGCAGAAGGCGAGGACAAGAAGAUGGAUGACGGCGAAUCCAAGCUCAAGCUACGCUUCCGCGAGCUGCCCUAUACUGUUGAGACUGGCGAGGCUGAGAUGAUCAGCAUGGACCAUGUUGUGCGCGGUGCUGGCAACGCGACUGCCAUUGAGGCUCCGAAGGAGACUGCCAAGCCCAAGGUCCAGCUCGUCGAGUCGGGCGGCAAACGCCGCGCCGUCGUGGCCGACAGUAAAGACGGCGAUACCUCUGCAGAGGUUCAGCUGUCCCCAGAAGAGGAAGAGAUGGUGGCCGCCCUCACGGCCAAGGCGAACGCCGUCAAGAUGCUUCAGGGUCGGAUCCGCCUCAUCACAACCUACCUCGAACACCUUUCUGGCGCGGAACAAUCCGCUGCUGCCGCCACGCCUCCAGGUGCGCAAACAACACCAUCUCACACCAUCCUCCGCCAGAUCCAGGCUCUCGUGAACCGGCUGGAUCUCGUCGUCCCCUCCGAUACGGAAGGCUUCGAAAAGGAGGUGCUCUGCGAGGAGAACGAGGUCGCCAUCACGUCGCGUCUCAACGACCUUAUGCAGAGUAUUAGCGGCAUGCGGGAUCUAGGCAAGAAGUUCAGCAUCGCCGAGUCCGCACGUGGCAGGAAUCGCGGUGCGGCGCCGGCUGAUUUCGCCGGCUACGGCCCUUCUGGCUUCAACCUCCCGGGUGCAGGAGACAUCAUGAUGUAG